AUGCCAACAGAAACUAUAUGGUCAAGUGCAAACACUUCACCAAUCACUACUCAACCACUGUUAACUCCACUUACAAAUAACUCAAAUUUAAAUUCAAAUUCAACUACAUAUGGAUCCAAAACUCAAUUUAAAUCAGUUUUAGAUCAAGUUGAUCCAGAAGUUGCAAAAUUUUUACAAAAUACAAAUCCAUUAGAAUCUUUAACUUCUCAAAAUAAUGAAAGAAGAUUUUCAUUUAAUGAUGGUAGUGAUAUUGAUGAUAAUUCAUUUUUUGGAUUUAAAAGAGGUACAUUAUCUGCUAUAACUGCACCAGUUGGAAAUUAUAAUAAUAAUAAUAAUCAAUUAAAUGGUAAUAAAAAUAAUUCACCUUUAAAUAAUGGGAAUCAAAGAAUUAAUUUUGGUACUGCAUCAAUUAGUGGAGGUAUUGCAUCAAGACAUCCACCACAAGAAAGUUUUUUACAAAAAUUUUCAAAUGUAGCUGAUGCAACUAGAGAAAUUGAAUUUGGGAAAUUAAAAUUGGAUGAUAAUCAACAUAAUUCAAGAAGAACAAGUUUUAAUAAUGAAUUUUCUGGUGAAUUAAAUAUGCCAGCUCCAAGAAGUACUUCAAGACAUCAAUCAAUAAGUGAAAAAAUUGAUAACUACAACAAUAAUUCUCCAAUUCAAACUAAUGCUGCAUUAUCAAUAAAUUCAGAUUUAAAUAGUUCAGAAAAUUUAAAUAUACUUCAUCAAAAUAAUCAACAAAAUAAUACAAUUAAUGGUGCUCAAAAUUUUUGGAAUCCAGCUGCUGCUACUUCAUUUACACCAGCAACAAAUUAUUUUAUGGAUAAUAAUGGAUUUCCAAUUCCAACUCCUCCACCAUCUCAUCAAAUGCAAAAUUUUUAUAAUCGUCAAGGUGCUCCAAUUCCACCUAUAAGUCCUCCACCAUUUAUGAUUCCUUCACCACCGCCUCCACAGUUUAUGGAUCCUUCAAUUUAUAGUAUGAUGUAUGGUAAUUUACCACCAUUCCCACCACCUCCACCUCAAUCACAAUCACAACAAGAUGAUAGGAAAUCACAUGUUGAUGAAGAUGAUAAAAAAUCAAAUGAAAUUAAAGCAAGUGGUAGUGGACCAAUAGGAGUUGGAUUAAUGAAUAGACAAUUUUCACCUGCUUCCUUUAUGUUUCAUCCUUUUAAUCCUUAUUAUCAACAAGGUCCAUUAACCCCAGAUAUUUUGAAAACAAUGUCACCACCACCUCCUCCACAAAUGAUGGUUCCACCUCCACAACAACCCCAACAACCACCUCAGCAGCAGCAACAACAACAAUCACAAUCAGCACCAAAACAACCAUCGAAGUCUACAUCACCACCACCUAAAGAUUCCAAGAAGAAAUCAAAAACCAAAAACACAUUUAUUUAUAGAUCACCAUUAUUAGAAGAAGUAAGAUCAAACACCAAAAAUUUCAAAUUAGGUGAUAUAUAUGGUCAUGCAAUAGAAUUCACAAAAGAUCAAUAUGGAUCAAGAUUUAUACAACAAAAAUUACCAGAAGCUACUGAAGUUGAAAAAGAAAUGGUAUUUAAUGAAAUAAGAGAUAUUUCAUAUGAAUUAAUGACAGAUGUAUUUGGAAAUUAUGUUAUACAAAAAUAUUUUGAAUAUGGAUCUACUACACAAAAACAAAUUUUAUUGGAAAAAAUGAUUGGUCAUAUUUAUGAAUUAUCAUUACAAAUGUAUGGAUGUAGAGUUGUUCAAAGAGCUUUAGAAAGUUUAGAGCAAACUGAUGAUCAAUUAAAAAUUAUUAAUGAAUUACGUGAUUAUAUUUUGAUUUGUUCAAAGGAUCAAAAUGCAAAUCAUGUUAUUCAAAAAGCUAUUGAAAUGAUAAAACCAUUUGAUAAGAUUAAAUUCAUUUUAGAAGCUUUAACUAAUCAUAUUUAUAAUUUAACUACUGAUGCAUAUGGAUGUAGAAUUAUACAAAGAUUAUUAAAAAGUUCAAAUCCAAAUGAUCAAGUUAAAAUCAUAGAUGAAUUAAACUCAUAUAUUUAUUACAUAAUUCAAGAUUCUUAUGGUAACUAUGUUGUACAAUAUAUGUUAGAAAAUGGAUCAUCUCAAGAAAAAAAUAAAAUAUUAGAUAUUAUAUUAGAAGGAGAUAAUUUAUUAAUUUUUUCAAAACAUAAAUUUGCAUCAAAUGUAAUUGAAAAAGCAAUAAAAUAUGGAGAUUUAAAACAACGUAAAAAAAUUUUAAACAAAGUAAUGGAAUCUCCUACUGAAAAUUUGGAAGAACAAACUAUUAUUAUAUUAAUGUUAAAAGAUCAAUAUGCAAAUUAUGUAAUUCAAAAAUUAAUUGAAUAUCUUGAAGAAAAUGAAGAUAAACAACGUUUAAUUUCGAAAUUGAAAAAUUAUUUACAACAAUCUUCUAAAAAUGGAAAUCAGGUUGGUGGGAAACAAUUGGCAUCUGUUGAGAAAUUGAAAUCUUUAAUUGGUCAAUAA